AUGUCAGGAUACCCGGGCCAGUACGGAGGAUACCAAGGCGGCCCGCCGCCGCAGCAGCAAUACGCGCAGGGCAGCUAUUACCCCCCUCCACAGCAAGGAUACAAUGGAUACCCUCCCGCUGGGUCGGGCUACGGCUACCAACAGCCGUCGCCUCAACCUUACGGAUACAACCAGCCGCCUCCUCCGCAACAAUAUGGUGGAUAUCAGCAGCCCCCGCCUCAACCGAAUUACAACAACCGCCCAGGUGUACCCACCGUGAACUCGAAUGCUUACAUGCACGGAAACCACAACGCUCCUCCACCGCCGCCCUCACAACCGCAGAGAUUUGGACAUGGCGCGCCAAGUAACUACAACUUCCAGUACUCCAAUUGCACCGGCCGGAGAAAGGCGUUACUGAUUGGCAUCAACUAUUUCGGUCAACGCGGUCAGCUGCGUGGCUGUAUCAACGAUGUGAAGAACAUGUCGGCAUAUCUCGUCGACCGUUUUGGGUAUAAGAGGGAGGAUAUGGUUAUCCUCACCGAUGACCAGCAAAACCCCAUGAGCCAGCCUACAAAACAGAAUCUCCUCAGAGCCAUGCAUUGGCUCGUGAAAGACGCGAGACCCAACGACUCGCUCUUCUUUCACUACUCAGGCCAUGGUGGUCAGACAAAGGAUCUCGACGGCGACGAGCCUGACGGAUACGAUGAAGUCAUUUACCCCGUAGACUUCCGACAAACCGGCCAUAUUACGGAUGAUGAGAUGCACAGAAUCAUGGUUCAACCUUUGCAAGCUGGUGUGAGACUGACUGCUAUCUUCGACUCUUGUCACUCGGGUACUGCACUUGAUCUCCCUUACAUCUACUCGACCCAGGGUAUUCUCAAGGAGCCCAAUCUGGCCAAGGAGGCCGGCCAAGGUCUGCUCGGUGCUAUUUCGUCAUACAGCCAGGGCGAUCUGGGCGGUGUGGCAAGCAACAUCAUGGGCUUCUUCAAGAAGGCAACCACUGGCGAAGAUGCCUACCAACGCACCAUGGCCACGAAGACGUCGCCUGCUGAUGUGGUUAUGUUGUCAGGCAGCAAAGAUGACCAAACUUCGGCCGAUGCAACAAUCGCUUCCCAGGCUACCGGUGCCAUGUCAUGGGCCUUCAUCACGGCCAUGAAGAAGAACCCUCAACAGAGCUACGUGCAGCUCUUGAACAGUAUUCGUGACGAGCUCUCGACUCGCUACACGCAGAAGCCUCAGCUCUCCUGCAGUCACCCCCUCAACACCAACCUAUUGUUCGUCAUGUAA